AUGCAUCUUACCACGGUGCUAUACUACGGCCUGGCCGCGUUGAUCCUCACCAACGCUGCACCACUCGUCGGAGACUCCUCCAGCCGCGAAGUAGCCGACGGCGACGAUAGGGUCGCUUACACCUGGGCCAUACCGGCGAGGAGUCGCAAACGAGAGGACGGCGACGACAAGGUCGUCUACACCUGGGCCGUACCGGAGAGUCGCAAACGAGAGGACGGCGACGAUAAGGUCGUCUAUACCUGGGCCGUACCGGAAUGA